GAAAGGUAGACUGCAACAAAAUUGAAGAAGCAAGAGGGCUGGUUAUAGAUUCUGUUGGAAGGCUAUGGGUGCUCGAUAAUGGUAGCAAGAAUUGCAAUUCCAAAAUAUGGACUAUCGAUUUGUCCAACAAUGACCACACCAAACUAAUUCACUGGUUUUCUUUUCGCUAUUCCAUGCACGACUUGGUGCUUGAUGAAACGCCCAACGAAACCUUUUGGCCUACAUUUCGUGGUUGUUUCAACAACACAUUGUCGUAUUUAGUUUGGAAAGAAAUCAAUCUUGGAUAGUGGACACGCCAGGAAUUAAGAGUUAUUCCAUUGCCCUGUCCCCUCAGGAGGAGCCGAGACAGCUCUACAUCAGCAAUUACACCUCCAAUGAACUGUUUUCAAUUUCCGUUACCGCACUCCGCAACGGAAAUCGUUCUGCUAUUCCGAAACUAAUUAGAAAAUGGGCUUCAACUUAUUCAUAUAGAAUGCUGAUGGACAACCACGGGACCAUGUAUGCCACAUUUUGGGGGAAGAAUUACAUAAACUCUUGGAAUACUUCCCAACCAUUCGAAGAGCAGCGUUUUUAUGAGGUUACAGCACUGAAUACUUAUUGGCCGUUUACUUUAUCCUCGGACCAAAUUGGUACUCUUUGGAUAACGGUAUUUGAUGAGGAAAGAGAGCCAAGAUACAGACUUUUGAAGGCUGCAGUCGGUGCAAAAUCCUUCAAGGCAUCGCCAGAACGAUCCAGCGUGUCUUUUCCAACCACAACAAAAUCCUGGACGCCUGCUGAAGAAACUGCCACAACCGAGGUGCAGGAGAGCAGCGUCUUUAAAGAAGAAUUGAACCAAUAUCGGCUAUAUAUUAUCAUACUGAUCUGCUUCAUCGUGUUCUGCAUCGUCUUGUUGGGUCUGAUCAUUCUUUGGCUCAUCCUGAGACAGAAGAGGAACAACUCCAUUCCGCCAAACACCAACGAGGCCCAGGAAAUGUCCGUUAUCGCCGACAACUACGAUGACGUCGGCCCCGCGGAAGAGCCGCUGUACGAGGAAAUAAAACACGACCAGGCCGCUGCCCCUGCUGCUCCUAGUCUCUACGAGCGGCCCAUUAUUCUCACAAUCAGCCCGCGAUCGGCGAGAAGAGUGAAAGCGAUGCCUGAGAGACCGAGGACUUUCGAGAAAUUCGGAGAGGCUCCUCGUGCUCCAGUCGAGUUCGAGUACGACUACGUCCGCACUUCUCAAUUGGAACCUUUGUACGAUGACGUUGCACCGGAAACUUCCGCGACACCACCUGGCGGAGACACUACUUCCGAGUCGGCGCAAUACCUGAAGAUCAUGCCAUGAGCACCAAUGGCAGAUCUCGGUUGUUAAGAUGUAUAUAAAUAAAUUAUUUCAUCAUCGUUACAUAGACGCUUUAGGAAAAAAUAAAAUUUGUUCUUUCUUAUGUAUUUUAUAUUAUUCCGUGUUGAUUUCUCAUGAAUAAUCUCAUGGUAUUUUUAUUCAGAA